UGUCAGUGGCGCAUACACCGCUGUAGUCUGAGCGCGGAGGAGGGUCAGAGCUCAAUCUCCACUCUCUCUAAUCACUCCGACUACACACUCUGAGCCUCAACUGCUGUUGACACAACGGCCAGCCGCCGAUAGCGACGUUUACUUUGAGCGCUUUUUUGUGCCGUAGAUAAUGGUUUGGACCUGAGCUUUCCAUACACACACACACACACACACACACACACAUCCUGUCAGCGAUCCUGUCACGCUCUCGGACCAUUUCUUUCAUUAAUUUCCUCGUUCCAGCUGGAAUGGAGACGCGACCCUGAAGCCCGAGACACUAAAUCUUCACGUGAGCUGCUAUAGGAUGGCAAGGAGCUGAGAGAAGAAAGGGAAAAAGAGAAAAACAGCUACCCGUCCUUACUGACAGGGGCUUGAUAUAUCAGCUUUCACUUAUUACGGCAUUGCAGCUGUCCCAACUAUAAGUGAUGGCUGCUUAUGGACAGACGCAGUACAGCCCUGCUAUCCAGCCUGCAGGCCCGUACACACCCUACACACAUCACACCCAGGGCUACAGUGUGCCACCCUACAAUAUUAAAACAGAAGAUGGCUUGAGUCAUUCACCAGGACAAAGCAGUUUGCUUGGCUACACGUCCAACUUCAGUGGAACACCUUCCAGCCAAGCUCUUUACAGUUACUCUACACAUGGUGCCAGUAUUCCAUCUGGAAUUUUCCAGGGAACGAAUGCCAUCACAGGCUCAACGCCAUUUAGUCCUACACAGCAGGAUUUCACAGCGUAUUCCACUUAUGGCCAAAGCCAGUACUCACCGUACUAUAAUACACACUACAACAACCCCUACCUCACAAGCAGUAAUAUCAGCCCAUCAGCCAUUGGCACAGCGAUCCCCUAUCAGCAUACAGAACAUCCUGCUGUAACAACCAGUCACAGCCCAGAGUCCCACCCAGGGGAGUAUCAUGCCCCCCCUAGCCCCCCAACCCCAGGAAAGGAGCAGGAAGGAGGUCCAGCCAGACGUGGCUCGGAUGGAAAACUGCGGGGAAGGAAGAGGGCCAAUGACCCCGUACCCCCACUGGACUCUGAAAUCGAGAGAGUGUUUAUUUGGGACCUGGAUGAAACCAUCAUUAUUUUCCACUCGCUUCUCACAGGCUCUUUUUCCACACGCUUCGGCAAGGACUCAGCCAAAGCUGUAUCUUUGGGGUUGUGGAUGGAGGAGAUGAUCUUCAACUUGGCAGACUCUCGACUCUUCUUCAAUGACCUUGAGGAAUGCGACCAAGUUCAUAUCGAUGAUGUGGCCUCAGAUGACAACGGACAGGACUUGAGCACAUAUAACUUUGGAACAGACGGCUUCCAAAGUCCAGCAGGAGGUGGUGCUCUGUGUUUAGGCUCAGGGGUCCACGGUGGCGUCGACUGGAUGAGGAAGCUGGCCUUCCGCUACCGACGAGUAAAAGAGAUCUAUAACACUUUCAAGAACAAUGUAGGAGGUUUGCUGGGGAGUCCAAAGCGUGAGGAAUGGCUUCAGCUGAGGCGAGAAAUGGAGGUUCUGACUGAUCUGUGGCUUACGCAGGCUCUAAAGGCUCUAGCUCUUAUUAACUCCAGGCCAAACUGUGUGAAUGUGAUGGUCACCACCACUCAGCUAAUCCCAGCACUUUCCAAAGUGCUGCUCUAUGGUCUGGGAGGAGCUUUUCCCAUCGAAAACAUUUACAGUGCUACCAAAACUGGUAAAGAGAGCUGUUUCGAGAGAGUGACUCAGAGGUUCGGGAGGCGAGCUGUGUACGUGGUAAUCGGAGAUGGAGUGGAAGAGGAAACUGUGGCAAAGAAAAAAAACAUGCCAUUCUGGAGGGUAACAUGCAGAGCAGACCUGGAGGCACUGAGUCAUGCACUAGAGCUGGACUACCUCUAGAGGCCAGAAUCUCAAAACAUCAGCUCUCUUUUAAAUUGGUCAACCGUAAACACAUGGCCAAACCAACAACUGCAGGACCAAUCAUCCAGGAGUUGCAAGAAUACCGGAAACACGUCUGUUCCGAAUCAGUUUAGAAAACACUUUUCUUUUCCUUCUUUUCUUCCGUCUGUGACAGCAGUUCUAUACAAUGGCGCAUUGCACUGGAGACAAUCACAUUUUUCAGACCAGAGUGCUUUGAAGGACCAAAAAAUCUGUGAUUAUUAAUUUGAGUAAACAUGACUUCAGGACAAAUAUACAUAUAUCAUUUGUGAUGAGAAAAAUCAGAUUUUGGAUAAAAGUAUGCAAAUAUUUAUGUUUUCUACAAAUUCACAAGCAGCAACUGCUGUCUGUUGUAGAUAUAAAAAAAAUAUCCACAUCUCAUGCAGAGAUUUCUUCAGUGUUUCUUUUACAAAAAAAAAAAAAACAGAUAUGCUUUUUUUGCUCUACAUCCUAUUACAGAAUAAACCUUUUUUUAACAACUGUGAAAUUCAGUAAAAUAGCAUUUAACAAAUAAAACACUUGGGGAAAUUGUCUGUAUUACUGAAAAUCAUUUGGGGAAAAUAUGUAGAUAUAACAGUUUGGAGUUUUCCUGAUAAUUUCUAUCAAUAAUGCAAUAAUGUGUUAAUUAUAUUACUGAUUCAGAUACUGAUCCAUUCUUUUAGGUAAGCCAUCUAUUAGGUAAAAAAAGAAUGUUUAUGAAAUGUUUAAUAUUCCACUCAAUGUAAUGCUCUAGAAUAGUAUAUACUAUUUAAUAACCCAUUUAAAAAAAGCCAGUGCAAGAUUCCAACAUAACUAAUCCCAAAAGUAGCCAAAGUAUAAAACUGAAUCUAUCGAUUAAGGUGACAAUCAUUUACGUAACUUAUGAAUAUUUUGUUUGAGGUGAUUUCUUAAGCACUAGAAAAUAUCUCUAUCAUUCCUCUUCACUAUGUGCCUGGACCAUGCUGAUCUUGUAAUAUUUGUUACUGGAUGUAAAUUUGAUUUUAUGUUUCUUUCCUUUGAUGUUACUGAAGUUUAUGUGUUUGUGUGUGUGUGUGUGUGUGUGUGUGUGUGUGUGUGUGUGUGUGUGUGUGUGUGUGUGUGUGUGUGUUUCUUUCCUGUAUGGAAUCUGGAUGGAUGUCUUUUUGAAUUGCAUGUACCUUUUACACUGCCUGUCCUUCUAGCUAUUAUUUGUAUAUAUGGUUUAUUGUUGAUUUUUGUUUUUGGGCAAAUAUGAUAGAACAAUAAAAAGAAUAAAUUAAUUGCAUCAAA